AUGGAAGAGGAGAGUCUCGGUGGUAGCAGAUAUUUCGUGACGUUUAUUGAUGAUGCUUCACGAAAAUUGUGGGUAUACUUCUUGAGAACGAAGGGUGAAGUUUUUCAAUACUUCAAAAGGUUUCAUGCUAUGGUGGAGAGACAGGCUGGUAAACCUUUGAAGUGUCUUCGCUCAGAUAAUGGGGGCGAGUAUACUUCCCAUGAAUUCAAGAAUUAUUGUGCCGAGCAUGGAAUCAGGCAUGAGAAGACUGUACCUGGAACCCCACAACAUAAUGGUGUGGCUGAAAGAAUCAACAUAACCAUUAGGGAGAAAGUGAGGUGUGGAAAGCUUCAGCUUUGUGCCGAGUUGAUCGGCAUGGAAUGCAUGUGA